AAGAGGACGAGAGGCGGGGAGGAGAGCAUGUAACCUGCCUACAAAUUAACACCGCAAUCAUAAACUCUAGCGGCGAGUUUCCUCAUGUUUCGCUCUCGUGUCCUCGAGGUUUGCUUUACUGUCGAUUCUCCUUAUCUGAAUUUUUUGGCCGUCUUUUCCUGAUCAUCAUUCCGCGUGAAGCAGCAGUCUACUUCUGCGCGACUUCAACAGCUCACAGAAGACCGAGCCCGGAGAACAAGCCAGCACAGCUCCUUCCCGAAUAACUGGAUCUUCGGCUGCCAGACCCGAUAUCCAAGGUGUCAAAUUCAAUACGAACAUAGCAAGAGAUGGAGAAUUCUGCGCCCACGAUGACCGUGGAAUAAUUGUGCAAAAUGAUACGCUUAUCUGAUGACACAAAAAGCAAAAGCGGCGAGACGUUUUAAAUCUGACAAACUCGAAGAUGGACGGAGGGCAAUUACUUUUCCCAUAUUUUAUCAGUAUGAUAAAAUCGUCAUAGCGGAGUGGGAUUUUAUUCAAAUAUUCCGACAGACACACAGCAUUAUAGGACUAACACAAAGCAACCGAUGAAAGUCCUAAUUUAGGAAUCACAGAUUAGCAUUUUUGGCCUUUAAUGUUUAUCCAGGGACCGUUCGAGUUCGACUAAUAGGCGACGUGGAUCUCAAUCAAGCCAGGAGGAGCUGCAAAGAAAGAACGCAUGCUUUGGGCAUGGUGCCUACGCCCCAGGUGUGCGUAUCAACCCUGGUCACGGUGAGCACCAUGGCAGUGGUUGACCUUUACCUGCUGGAGCAGAGCAUGCUGGGAGCCCGUGGCAAGGCCGGGCCCAGCGUGUGGCCGUGUGCCGCCGUAUUGCUAGGUGACCUGGGCUUCCUGCUGGCUCUGCGUUUUGUGUCGGCAGGCGUGGUGUCGGAGGCGCGCUCCCCUCGCCGAGGCUUCGCCAACGCCCUCUGGUUCCUCUUCCUGUCCCUGCUCCAGCUCAAACUCUUCUUCGUCUGCCAGAACUACCGGACGGAACGUCGGCCACCUGACCCCCUGGCCAGGAAGACCCUCACCUUGCUGCUGUCCGUCUGCCUGCCCUCCCUGUUCCUCAUCCUGACUGGGGCUGACAACAUGACGCCCCUGCGGAGGAAGCAGGAAGUGCGGGGGAGGCUGCUCUGGGUGGUGGUGGACCUGCUGGAUGUUCUGGACCUGCAGGCCGGGCUGUGGGAAGCCCACGCAGGGGCCACUGACCUGAGGGUGCCCCUGUGGGCCGAAGGCCUGGUGUUCUUCUACUGCUACGCCCUGCUGCUGCUGCUGCCCUGCGUGGCCCUCACUGAGCUGGGGGCCGCCGCCCUGCCGGGACAGAGGGGGCCCCGUAAGGAGGCCCUGUAUCCCUGGCUCAGCCUGGUCACCAUCAACGUGUUCACACUGGCCCUCAGGGGCACAGGCAUGCUGUGGUACAGGGACCCCCGGGUCUCUACAGUGUUCCUGGGGAAGAACCUGCUGGCCCUGGCUGUGAAGCUGAGCUCUGCCUGGGAGAGGCACAAGCAGGGUGGGAGCAGGGGGGCAGGGAUGGGGGCUGGGGUGGGCGUAGAGACAGGCAUGGACUCCACCCUGGCAACCCAGAGCUCUGAGCAGACAGAAGUCCAAGCCCAAGGCAAAACCACCCCCAGGCCGCCCUCUCGCUUCCACACAAUGUCCCGCUCCCAGAGCCACUCCGUGUCCCAUGUCAGUCUGGAUCCUACAGAGACCUCUCUGGGCCCCUCCUUCAUCUCCCAUGAACUCUAG